UCUCCGCUAAGAUUCUCUCACUCUACACCUAACUACAUCACUCACUCUCUCUCUACCAUUAUAGUUUCUGUCUUCUUACGGCACACAAACAAACACAUAUCUCUUACUUCUCUCUCUCUCAUCUCCAGACAUAACCUGAUAUUUUCCUGCACCUCCCUCAACCAAUUCUCCCGCCACGCGCCACCGUCAUGGCCAAACUAGUGGUGGAAGUCCUCGACGCCUGUGAUCUCAUGCCUAAAGACGGCCAAGGCUCAGCGAGCCCAUUCGUGGAAAUUGAUUUCGACGAACAGAGACAAAGAACCCAAACAAAACCCAAAGAUCUCAACCCCCAGUGGAACGAGAAGCUCGUUUUCCCCAUCGACGACCCACGAGACCUUCCCAACAAGACCAUCGAAGUAGUUGUUUACAACGACCGGAAAGGCGGUGGCCACCACAACUUUCUCGGCCGCGUCAGGCUCUCCGGCGCCUCCGUGCCCCCGCCGGAGCUCGGGGCCGCGCAGCAGCCGCAGCGCUACCCGCUCGACAAACGCGGUCUUUUUUCAAAUAUUAAAGGGGAUAUAGCGCUCAAAGUAUACACAAUUUAUAGUCAGUUUGGUCCGCCGGAGACCCAGACCUCCGGCCAACCGCAACCCAAGCUCCACCGGCAAACCCAAGCUCCGCCGCCGCAACCACCACCAGUGCAAGACAUCAAUAACAACAAUUACAACAACAAUUUUGGGUUUGGUGAUGGUUUUGGUGAGGACUACAAGGGAGAGAUGAAGAAAAAGAAGAAGAAUAAAGAGGAAGUGAGAACUUUUUUCUCGGUCGGAACUGGCGGUGGCGGGCCAGCUCCGGUGCCGGUGCCGCCACCUCAAAAACCGGCCAAUUUCGAAGCGAGAGCGGAUUUCGCUAAGGCGGGUCCGGCGGCGACGGUGAUGCAUAUGCAGCAGUUUCCGGGGAUGAGGCCUCCGCCGGAAUUCGGGUUGGUGGAGACGCGGCCGCCGCUGGCGGCCAGAAUGGGAUACCGAGGCGGCGACAAGACGUCUACCACCUACGAUCUCGUUGAGCAGAUGCAGUUCCUCUACGUGAAUGUCGUGAAAGCGAGAGAUCUUCCAACGAUGGACAUUACAGGUAGUUUAGACCCGUAUGUGGAAGUCAAGCUCGGAAACUACAAAGGCGUUACUAAACACUUGGAGAAGAACCAAAACCCGGUCUGGAACCAGGUUUUCGCCUUCUCCAAAACGAAUUUACAGUGGAAUGUGAUCGAAGUCGUAGUCAAAGACAAGGAUUUUGCAAAAGAUGAUUUUGUGGGUCGUGUUUCAUUCGAUGUCGCCGACGUUCCUCUUCGCGUGCCGCCCGAUAGUCCAUUAGCUCCUCAAUGGUACAAAUUGGAGAACAAAAAGGGUGAAAAAUUUUACGGUGAGAUUAUGCUGGCAGUCUGGCUCGGAACUCAGGCCGACGAGGCCUUUCCCGAGGCUUGGCACUCCGAUGCUCAUGGAAUUAGCCAACAGAGCCUCUCGAAUACCCGGUCGAAGGUCUAUUUUUCUCCGAAAUUGUACUAUCUUCGCCUUCAUGUCAUCGCUGCUCAGGACUUGAUCCCAAUCGAAAAAGGCCGACCAAUCGAAGCAUCCGCGAGGGUAACACUGGGGAAUCAGACUCGAACAACUCGUACUUCGCAAAUGCGACAUGUUAACCCGGAAUGGAAUGAUGAGCUUAUAUUUGUAGCAUCAGAGCCUUUUGAUGAAUUCAUGAUCAUUAAUGUUAUGGACAAGGAACAUGUUCUUGGAAGGUUGUUGAUACCGGUUCGAGGCAUACCGCAGAGAGGGGAGUUGUCGAAACUGCCCGAUGCCCAGUGGUUCAACCUCAGUAAGCCUGCGUUUGCGGAUGAAGAAGAUGGGAAGAAGAAAGAAGCUAAAUUCUCGAGCAAAAUCCACCUUCGCCUUUGGCUUGAUGUCGGUUACCAUGUGCUCGACGAGUCCACGCAUUUCAGCAGCGAUCUACAACCAUCUUCGAAGCAUUUGAGGAAACCGAGUAUUGGGAUUCUUGAAGUUGGGAUAUUGAGUGCCAGGAAUUUGCUACCGAUGAAAAUGAUAGGCGAUGGGGGGACUACUGAUGCGUACUGCGUGGCGAAAUAUGGGAACAAAUGGGUUCGAACGAGAACGCUGCUCAACACGCUCGCGCCUUGUUGGAACGAGCAGUAUACUUGGGAAGUCUACGAUUCGUGUACUGUCAUAACUAUUGGUGUUUUCGACAAUUGGCACAUCAAUGGGAGUAAAGAUGAUGCAAAAGAUCAGAGGAUUGGGAAAGUGAGAGUUCGCCUAUCAACAUUAGAGACUGAUAAGAUUUAUACCCAUUAUUACCCCUUGCUUGUUCUUCAACCGUCCGGGUUGAAAAAACACGGGGAGCUUCACUUGGCGCUCCGCUUCACUUGCACCGCUUGGGUCAACAUGGUGGCACAAUAUGGGAAGCCAUUGCUUCCCAAAAUGCAUUAUAUCAAUCCUAUAAAUGUUAGGCACAUCGAUUGGCUUCGCCACCAGGCGAUGCAGAUAGUGGCGGCUCGGCAUCCGCUAGCGAGAGCCGAGCCACCACUCAGGCGAGAGAUUGUUGAGUACAUGCUCGAUGUGGAUUACCACAUGUGGAGCUUGAGGCGGAGCAAAGCCAAUUUCAACCGCAUAAUUUCGACCCUUUCUGGGGUUUCAGCCGUUUGUUUGUAUUUCAACGAUGUAUGCACUUGGAAAAACCCGGUGACCACAUGUCUUGUCCAUGUCCUUUUCUUGAUCCUAGUCUGCUACCCGGAAUUGAUCCUUCCCACAAUUUUCCUCUACUUGUUCGUGAUCGGGUUGUGGAACUACCGGUUUAGGCCAAGGCACCCGCCCCACAUGGAUGCACGACUAUCGCAUGCAGAAAUUGGCCGUGCGCACCCAGACGAGCUCGAUGAGGAAUUCGAUACAUUCCCAACUUCAAAGCCACCGGACAUUGUGAGGAUGAGAUAUGAUCGAAUGAGGAGUGUGGCGGGGAGAAUUCAAACGGUGAUUGGAGAUUUGGCGACGCAUGGGGAGAGAGCAAUUUCCAUACUCGGGUGGAGGGAUCCAAGGGCCACGGCUAUCUUCAUUAUCAUCGCAAUGGUUUUGGCUGUUGUCCUGUACGUUACUCCAUUCCAAAUCAUAGCGGUGCUCAUCGGGCUUUACAUGCUUCGACAUCCCCGGUUCAGAAGCAAGCUGCCAUCAGUGCCUGUCAAUUUCUUCAAGAGAUUGCCAGCCAAGUCAGAUAUGCUUCUUCUAUGACAUGGAAAUUAUUUAGAUAUUAUGUAUUAUAUAUUUUGUGUAAAUCAAAAAGAAGAUUCCAUAAUAAAAACCCACAAGGUUCUUGGGCUAUAGACAAUAAGGAAAAGCAGCAGAGUAUAUGCUAAAGCCCACCCACAAAGCCAGAAGAAGAAAGAAGAAUCUCACUUUUCCUCACAAGAGGAUAUCCUACCUGUUUGUUCAAUCAUUUCCCAUGUAAUAGAUCCUCCACUCUUUAAUUGGAUUAUUAAUUACUUAUUAAUUGCACAUUUUGUUAAA